AUGGGUGCGGUCGAAGGAGCCCGGGGGUUCGCAACUCCGCAGCAACACUUCUGUGGAAACCUCUCACUAUCCAAGAGCAUAGACGAAUUCAAGUCGUUACUGCCUACUAACGGACGGUUCCGCGAGAUCUUAGACUCGAUCCGGCCUGUCCAAGUCUUCAACUGGGAAGGUCACGCCAGUGACGAUGACCCAACAACGAACCAGAGCCAAAUGGCAGAAAUAGAUGAUGACUUCGACAUUGAAAUCCCAGCACGGCUCGAGCCACUUUAUAUGAAAUACAAAGCCGUACGGAAUCUACUUGAUGCGGGAAGGGCAACGCAAGCCUGGGCCGCUUUCCCAAGUCUCGUCCGUGAUGCAGAAAUUCUCGGUUUGGACAUGGAUCCUGGCGCAGCCUCAGAACUCGACGUCCAACUCAGCUUUCUCCUGGGUCGCUGUCCCUUUAUUGCUUCUUUCCAUGGCAUCCCCAGGCCGUCCCCAACAGCCUUGAGGCCGGAAGAACAGGACCUCCAGGAAAGACUCUAUGACUUUUCACAGUACAUGCUCGAAGUCCUGGAGCGCUUCAACCGGGGCAAAAAUGACCCGCAAAUAUUGUCUUCCCAGGAGAGGGAGCCCAGGCUAGAAGCAGAUCUAACUCGACUUUACCACCUGCAGUCGAAGCUACCGCCGGUGCCGCAAAACAACUCGUCUGACCCUUCACUGUCCAUUGCAAUUACCCAACAUCACAUCGACGUUCAACUUAUGCUGAUGGUGCUGCAUUGUCAGAUGCUCCGGGCGAUGCGUAACCAACACACGUCGGCCAAGAGAGCCAAAUACAGGGAGCUGUUGAAGUGUUCUCGGCUGAUUACCGAGAUGUUCGACUCCAUCCAUAGCCUCGACCCAACCAAGACGGCUUCAUCCUGGCCGCGAUGUUUUGGUGUCUUUUGCGCCGCUGUGAUGUUGGGCAUCGCCACCAUCCGCCAAGAGGUCGGCGUGAGCAUAGGUUCGAAGCGUGUAGAGCGGACCUUGAGCAUCUUUAAAGAUCUUGGGAAAGCUGGCCAGGCUACAGGAGUUGUUGACCUGGCCAUCACAUCCCUGGAUUUGGUUGUCGAAAGAAUCAAGGAGCUUGAGCACCCUCCUACCAGCGCCACUGGUAUCAAUCUUGGGCCGACCGUUACUUGUCCGACAACGCCUACCGGCGAGGUUACUCCUCCGGCCGCACCCCUGACCGAUUUUGCGGCCAAAGUCAAGAGGAAUGAUGCGAACCUCAAACGUCGCAGAAGACCUAGCUUCGAGGGGAAACUGGGUGCCAACAAGCGACAAAUGUUCGAGUUCAAGGAUAUUGCCCCGAGCCACCUAGAGCAGCGACGUGCAAGUUGGCAUCCCGGGACUGACCAUCAUUAUGCUCAGGCUAUGGCGGCUUUCCAUGACGCAGCUGCAAACAGCGUUCAAAAUCGACCUGAGCAGGCGAGCUUCCAGCAGGACAAAUGUCCGCCACCAGCAGUUUCCACCUCGUUCACGGCGAAUGACCAAACAGCAAUGUCCGCGGUGGGAUAUGGGACGACUCCUCUAGAGCAGUUCCACGAAUUCCAGGCCGCUCAUCACUGGGUUCAUCCACCAAUGAUGUACCAUCCGCCAAUGUACGAUGAUUGGUGGCAAGCACAAUUUACUCCUUAUGAUACCAUGACCCCAGACCAGUCUCGACAAGUGUUUUUUGAGUCGCCGCUGGGUUUGCCCAUGGACCAAUCUCGGCAUCUUGAUACUACCCCGCGUGCCAAUGAGCAUGCUGGCUUUGCUCAUCUCAAGCAAGACCAAGGCAUCAAUCACGAUCCCGCCAUGAUGAUUAAUACCUCAAUGGUACGCUCGUUUACCCAGGCAGUAUAA